AGGUGGAAGGGGCUCGCGCUGUAUGAGUGCGCGCGCGCGCGCGCCGCAAGACAAGAGUGAGGGUCUGUAAGAACGGGGGGGAUUCGUCUCGUUGUGCGAAUGUGUGUGCGCGCGCGCGCAUUAGCGUGAGGGGAACCUUGGGGCUCGCUUGAGUGUGUGUGGGCGCGCGCUGGAUGGGGAGAGAUCUUUCUCUUGUGUAGAAGGACACCCGGCCCCCCGCGCCUCCCCCCCCCCUCGAAUCUGCGGUGCAUGAGAGAAGGGUGCGAGUGGGUUUGCAGUCUUGUGCCGGCCAGGGGUGCCUUCUCCCCCUUCCCCCACCCCACAUUUUCUUUUUUUAGCCUUUUAUAUUUACAACUAUUUAUACUGAGGCAAAGGCCAAAAAAAUGGCAAAAUCAGGAGGCGGCGGCGGCGGCGGCGGUGGAGGAGGAGGAGGAGGUGGAGGUGGUGGCGGCGCAGGAGGCGGCGCAGGAGGCGGCAGCGGGGGUCUAACCUGGGUGACGCUGUUUGAUAAUCAGAACAAUGCUUCAAAAAAAGAAGAACCUGAACACACGAAUAAAAAUGAUUCAAAGAAGUUGUCUGUUGAGAGAGUUUAUCAGAAAAAGACUCAACUUGAGCAUAUUCUUCUCCGACCUGACACAUAUAUUGGUUCAGUGGAACCUUUAACUCAGCUGAUGUGGGUGUUUGAUGAAGAUAUAGGAAUGAAUUGUAGAGAGAUUACCUUUGUUCCUGGCUUAUACAAGAUCUUUGAUGAAAUUCUUGUAAAUGCAGCUGACAAUAAACAGAGGGAUAAGAAUAUGACCUGUAUCAAAAUAUCAAUUGAUCCUGAAUCAAAUAUUAUAAGUAUCUGGAAUAAUGGAAAAGGUAUUCCAGUUGUGGAACACAAGGUGGAAAAGAUGUAUGUUCCUGCCUUAAUCUUUGGACAGCUGUUGACUUCCAGCAAUUAUGAUGAUGAUGAGAAAAAAGUUACAGGUGGUCGCAAUGGCUAUGGUGCAAAACUUUGUAAUAUAUUCAGUACGAAGUUUACAGUUGAAACCGCUUGCAAGGAAUACAAACACAGUUUUAAACAGACUUGGAUGAAUAAUAUGAAGAAGACUUCUGAUUCCAAGAUUAAGCAUUUUGAAGGAGAUGACUAUACAUGUGUGACAUUCCAACCAGAUCUUUCGAAAUUUAAGAUGGAAAAACUUGACAAAGAUAUUGUGGCCCUUAUGACAAGAAGAGCUUAUGAUUUAGCAGGAGCAUGCAAAGGGGUCAAAAUUUUGUUUAAUGGAAAGAAGCUACCUGUGAAUGGCUUCCGUAGUUAUGUUGAUCUUUAUGUAAAAGACAAGUUGGAUGAAACUGGAGUUGCUCUGAAAGUUAUCCAUGAACUUGCAAAUGAACGCUGGGAUGUGUGUCUCACUUUAAGUGAGAAAGGGUUCCAGCAAAUUAGCUUCGUGAACAGUAUUGCUACCACAAAGGGUGGUAGGCACGUUGACUAUAUUGUUGAUCAAAUUGUUGGAAAAUUGAUAGAGGUGGUGAAGAAGAAGAACAAAGCUGGUGUUUCAGUGAAACCAUUCCAGGUAAAGAACCACAUAUGGGUUUUUAUUAAUUGCCUCAUUGAAAACCCAUCUUUUGAUUCACAAACAAAAGAGAAUAUGACACUCCAGCCUAAAAGUUUUGGAUCCAAAUGUCAAUUAUCAGAGAAGUUUUUCAAAGCAGCCUCCAACUGUGGUAUUGUAGAAAGUAUCCUGAAUUGGGUAAAAUUCAAGGCACAGACACAGCUGAACAAAAAAUGUUCUUCAGUGAAAUACAGCAAAAUCAAGGGCAUUCCAAAACUUGAUGAUGCUAAUGAUGCUGGUGGCAAACAUUCCUUGGAUUGUACAUUGAUUUUAACUGAGGGAGAUUCUGCCAAGUCUUUAGCUGUCUCUGGCUUAGGUGUCAUUGGAAGAGAUAGAUAUGGUGUGUUUCCACUCAGGGGUAAAAUUCUCAAUGUUCGGGAGGCAUCUCACAAGCAGAUUAUGGAAAAUGCAGAAAUUAACAACAUCAUAAAAAUAGUAGGUCUACAAUACAAGAAAAGUUACGAAGAUCCGGAAUCUCUGAAAUCAUUACGAUAUGGCAAAAUUAUGAUCAUGACUGAUCAGGAUCAGGAUGGAUCACACAUUAAAGGAUUGCUGAUCAAUUUUAUUCAUCAUAAUUGGCCUUCCCUUCUGAAACAUGGCUUUCUUGAAGAAUUCAUUACUCCAAUUGUAAAGGCUAGCAAAAACAAGCAGGAACUUUCCUUCUAUAGUAUUCCUGAAUUUGAUGAAUGGAAAAAACAUAUGGAGAAUCAUAAAGCAUGGAAAAUAAAAUACUACAAAGGUUUGGGCACCAGCACUGCUAAAGAAGCAAAAGAAUACUUUGCAGAUAUGGAGAGACAUCGGAUUUUAUUUCGAUAUGCUGGUCCUGAAGAUGAUGCUGCCAUUACGUUGGCCUUCAGUAAGAAAAAAAUUGAUGACCGAAAAGAGUGGCUGACGAAUUUCAUGGAAGAUAGAAGACAGCGUCGGUUGCAUGGAUUGCCAGAGCAAUUUCUAUAUGGUACAGCAACAAAGCAUCUCACUUACAAUGACUUUAUCAACAAGGAGCUGAUUCUUUUCUCCAAUUCAGAUAAUGAGCGAUCAAUUCCAUCCCUUGUUGAUGGCUUUAAACCAGGGCAGCGCAAGGUUUUGUUCACUUGCUGUAAGAGAAACGAUAAACGUGAAGUCAAAGUUGCUCAGCUUGCUGGUUCUGUUGCUGAGAUGUCAGCUUACCACCAUGGAGAGCAAGCUUUAAUGAUGACCAUUGUCAACUUGGCUCAGAACUUUGUGGGAAGUAACAAUGUCAGUUUACUACAGCCUAUUGGUCAGUUUGGUACCAGGCUUCAUGGUGGCAAGGAUGCUGCAAGUCCUCGUUACAUCUUCACUAUGCUAAGUCCUUUAGCAAGACUGCUUUUUCCUGCAGUGGAUGAUAAUCUUCUUAAAUUCCUUUAUGAUGAUAACCAGCGUGUGGAGCCUGAAUGGUACAUUCCCAUCAUUCCCAUGGUCUUAGUAAAUGGUGCUGAGGGCAUUGGUACAGGAUGGGCCUGUAAAAUUCCAAACUAUGAUACCAGGGAGAUUGUGAACAACGUCAGACGAAUGUUGGAUGGAUUGGACCCUCACCCUAUGCUUCCGAACUACAAAAAUUUCAAAGGUGCAAUCCAAGAACUUGGUCAGAACCAAUAUGUUGUGAGUGGAGAAAUAUACGUGGUUGACAGGAAUACAGUAGAAAUUACAGAGCUUCCAGUUAGAACAUGGACUCAGGUUUACAAAGAACAGGUGUUAGAACCAAUGUUGAAUGGGACUGAAAAAACACCAGCAUUAAUUUCAGAUUACAAGGAAUAUCACACUGAUACAACUGUGAAAUUUGUUGUAAAAAUGACAGAAGAAAAGCUUGCUCAAGCAGAAGCUGCUGGACUUCACAAAGUUUUUAAACUUCAAACAAGUCUAACUUGUAAUUCUAUGGUGCUGUUUGAUCAUAUGGGGUGUCUGAAGAAGUAUGAAACUGUGCAGGAUAUUCUGAAGGAGUUCUUUGAUUUACGAUUAAAUUAUUAUGGCUUGCGCAAGGAGUGGCUUGCAGGAAUGUUGGGGGCAGAAUCGACCAAGCUUAAUAAUCAAGCUCGCUUUAUUUUAGAGAAAAUACAAGGGAAAAUUACCAUAGAGAACAAAUCAAAAAGAGAUUUGAUUCAAAUGUUAGUCCAGAGAGGCUAUGAAUCUGACCCUGUAAAAGCCUGGAAGGAAGCACAAGAAAAGGCAGCAGAAGAGGAAGAAAUGCAGAAUCUGAAUGAUGACAAUUCCUCUUCCUCAGGAUCUACCUCAGGCCCAGAUUUCAACUACAUCUUAAAUAUGUCUUUGUGGUGUCUUACUAAAGAGAAAGUAGAAGAGAUAAUUAAACAGCGAGAUUCAAAAGGAAAGGAUCUUGGUGACCUCAAGAGAAAGUCUGCUUCAGACCUUUGGAAAGAAGAUUUAGCAGCUUUUGUAGAAGAGCUUGAAAAAGUAGAAGCUCAGGAAAGAGAAGAUGUCUUGGCUGGGAUGACUGGUAAACCUAUAAAAGGCAAAGUUGGUAAACCCAAGAUGAAGAAACUUCACUUAGAAGAGACCAUGCCAUCACCAUUUGGUAGGAGAAUAGUUCCACAAAUUACAUCUGCUAUGAAAGCUGAUGCCAGUAAGAAACUGCUUAAAAAAAAGAAGGGGGAUCUUGAUACUAUAGCAAUAAAACUGGAAUUUGAAGAGGAAUUUGGUAGCCCACCAGUAGAAGGUGCUGGAGAAGAUUUGCUUAAUAUCUCUGUCCCAGUGACUAAGACCCCUAAGCCUAAGAGAGAGAAGAAAGAACCUGGUACUAGAGUGAGAAGAACACCAUCUGCCACAAAGCCUAGUAGUACAAAAAAAGUGAAGAAGCGAAAUCCAUGGUCAGAUGAUGAAUCCAAGUCUGAAAGUGACUUGGAAGAAAAUGAACCUGUGAUUAUUCCAAGAGACUCAUUAUUAAGAAGAGCUGCAGCUGAAAGGCCUAAGUACACCUUUGAUUUCUCAGAAGAGGAAGAUGACGCUGAUGAGGAUGAUGAAGAUGCCAACAAUAAUAAUGAUCUAGAUGAACUGAAAGUAAAGGCAUCUCCAAUCAUCAAUGACAGAGAAGAUGAAUUUGUGCCCUCAGAUGGUCUAGAAAAGGAUGAAUAUGAUUUCUCCCCAGUUAAAUCAAAACCUUCUCCAGAGAAGAUUUCCCAAGACAAAAGUAGUGAAGAAUUUGGAAACCUGUUCACCUUUCCUUCUUAUUCUCGGAAAAGCAAUAUUGAUACAUCAAAGUUCGACAGUGAUGAGGAAGAUUCAACACCUGUCUUCUCGUCCUCAUUUACCCAGAAACAAACAGAGAAACCUUCAAGUAAAACAGUAGUCACUAAAAAAGCAGCAAAACUGCCAUCAGAUGCUUCCUCUAAGCCGAAAAGACCUCCUAAGCCUAAGAAGAUGGAAAUAAUAAACUCUGAUUCAGAAUCAGAAUUUGGCAUUCCAAAGAAGGCUGUAACUCCCAAAGUAGGAAAGGGCAGGGGAGCGAAGAAAAGGAAAGCAUCUGGUUCCGAAAAUGAAGGUGAAUAUAACCCUGGGAAGAAACCAUCCAAGUCAACGGCAAGCAAGAAGCCCAAGAAAGCCGCCUUUGACCAGGACUCGGACGUAGACAUCUUCCCAUCGGACUUUGCCUCUGAAACAGCCUCCAGGCCGCGGACAGGUCGGGCUAGAAAAGAAGUGAAAUAUUUUGCAGAGUCUGAUGAAGAUGAUGAUUUUGCUAUGUUUAAUUAAGUGCCCAACGAGCACCCAAACUUCCAACAAAUAUCUUAUGUUGUCCUUUUGUCCCUUUCUGUCGCAGACUUUUUGUACAUUUGACUUAUUUUAUGUGAUGAUGUAAUUGAUGGUUUUUAUUAUUGUGUGUAGGCAUUUUAACAUUUUGUUCUUACACCUACAGUUUUAUGCUCUUUUUUACUCAUGAAAUGUCAUGUAUUUGUCUGACCGGCUUGUAGAAAUGUUCUAGAAAGCUGUGCAAAAGCACACAUUUUAAUUGUCAUGGUUGCAAACUGCAAACCUGCUUUUUGAAAUGAAGUUUAAACAUUAAAAAAAUAUAAAACCA